UUCCGAGCUGCAGCUUCCAGCGGGAAACGAGCUGCUCUUCUCUCCGCCAGCGCGCUCCUUCUGCUCCUGAAACCCGAACCAGGACGGUCACCGGCGGCGGCAUGAGCCGGUCCCGGUAGAGAGCCUGCUCCGGUUCCGCACCCCGCAGAUCCACCGCCGUCCCCUCCCCGCCUCCGAGGCCAUGGGCUGCGGCUUGAGAAAGCUGGAGGACCCGGAGGACAGCAGCCCCGGGAAGAUCUACUCCACCCUGAAGAGACCGCAGGUGGAGACCAGAACCGACACCGUGUUCGAGUACGUCCUGCUGGACUUCAGCCUGGAAGGAAGCCGUCCGACGGUCCAGUAUGUGUCGUCGCUGUCCGAGCUGCCUCAGGCGCUGCUGCCCUACUACACUCAGGGCUACGUCCUGGCCGCCCUCCAUCCCAUCAUCCUGUCAGUGGGCCGGACCCGAUCGCUGCCCUUCAGCCUGCUGUACCGAGCCAUCCUGGCCCGGCCCAGACCCAGUAAGCAGACGGCCUCCAUGUGCCACAGUGUCCCGGUUCUGAGGGUGGAGGAGUGGCCGCUGCCCGGAGACUCUUUGACCGGCGACACCGUCCGAGCACUCAUCGACCGGGUGAACAGCAGCGCUCGCGGGGGCGUCCGGUUCGUCGGCUCGGUCCUGCAACAGGUGAGCGGGAUCACUAACGGCCGGGUUCACAGUCCAAAGAGGGGCUGCCGAUCCCCCCCACGAACACCUCCGCGGACCCCUCCUGGAGACCGGGAGCUGGAGGAGAACACCUACAGUCCAGACCUGAGGCUGCUGGUCUUCUUCCACUCUUGGGCUCCCGGCUGUGCUCCUCUGGACUCCCUGGCCUGUCAGUACCACCAGGGGGCGCUCUCCAUGCGCGUUUCCAGGAAGGGUCACGUGGUCAGCUCCCUGGAAGCCGAUUGGCUGGAACUGACUGCUGCCUACUACCGUAAAGGCUGGUCGCUGGUGGACUCUUUCGUUUACUGGGACACACCGAAAGGUGAGCCGGUGCCGAGGUCUCUGGAGGGAUUGUUCGUGUACGAGGAGCGAAGCACUUCUCCUCCAGCCAACGACACCAUCGUGGUGGAGCAGUGGACCGUCAUCGAGGGCUCCAAUGUGAAAACUGACUACGGGCCUCUGCUGCACACGCUGGCCGAGUUCGGAUGGCUGCUCACCUGCGUGCUGCCGACUCCCAUCAUCAGGCACGACAGUGACGGGAAUCUGGCCACGAAGCAGGUCGUGUUUCUGCAGCGGCCAAUCAGGAGUCAGGCAGCCGGACAGCCGCGGCACCAGAGCCUGUCGCUGCACAGCGACGUGUCCGGCCGCUCCAUCAGCCGCUCCGUCAGCAGCCCGGUUCCCCAGGAGGAGCUCGGCCCGGCUGCAGGAGGCAUCGGCGGCUUCCCGGUGUUCGGUGGAGGCUACCCUGGAGCUCUGUCCCACCUGGAGGAGGGAGGCUUCGAGCAGGAGGAGGGGAAGGCCGAGGUCACCUGUAUGUAGGCGGAGCUGCUCCAGAACCACAUGGUGACAUUCACACGGAUCCACGGACCAGAAGCUUCCUUUGACAGACUGUAGAAGAAUUCUGCACUUUUUUAAAGAACAUUUUUAUGAAGCCAUAAUGACAGUAAGGUUUUGUUUAGACUUUACACACAUUUGAAACACUUUUUGAAGCAACACAAGGAGACAAAACGAGGCUCGACCUUCUUCCUGUUUAGAUUCCGUUUUUCUUCUUUCUUCCUGAACCGGCAGCUUCUCCUCAUGUCGCUCACUUUGGUACUGAAAUACUUUACCUGUACAUAGUUUUCUGAGACGUUCCAGCUGAGUUUUGCAGCUCAUCGUGUCUCACAGCAUUAUUUUGUUCUUUUCCUGUUGGAGCUGCAGAUUUUACAGGUUCUGUCGAUAAUAUGCACAUUUUUCCUGCAGAGGAUAAAGUUCUCCACGAACAUACACAGAAACUUUGGCAACUGUAGUUUAAAGCCUUCAGACGAGGAGGAUGUUUCGUGUUCUUGUGCUGUACCAUGUGUUUCUGUGAGCUCAGUGUGUAUCAGUACAAAGAGCUCCUACUCUGAUUUCUGGAGUAUUUAUCAGUGAGAAUAUGAGAAAAUAAUGUGUUUUGAACAUUAAAGCAUCUAAACAUGUUCUAGUACAGUUCUAACCCUAGAACCGUAGACUGUGGACACUUUGUCUCUCUGAGUCCGUUAACAAAAACACCAGUUCAACCUCACACAGGUCCUGCUGCUGCUCUGCUGCCUCCAUCGGUCCGUUUGUGUUAUUGGUUUGAUUUGGGAGAUAAAAUCUCAUUCUGAAGGCAAAAUGAAACAGCGAUGAUGUCGGUAGUAGAACCGUUAAAGUGACAAUAGACACGUUUUUUUUGUUUUAACACGGGUUUAAGAUGUGAACUAAUGUAUUAAAACAACAAAGUCACGUCGCUGAAGAGCUGCAGCUCCUGGUUUCUGGGAUGAUGUACCGGUCUGGUCCUCUGGUUCCCCGUCGACCCACAUCCAGCAGCUUUAUUCUAAUGUUCAGGUUUGAACAACAUCUGAGGAACUAAAACCUGAAAGUUCUCUGUUGUUUCUCAUCGAUUCAGAAUCUGUAAUGUCAGACAGUCGAUCAAUAAUCUCUGAUCCCGGAUGAGAUGAAAAAAAACCUGAAGCAUCUUUGAGCUCAUGAACAGAACACUGAUCAUGCAGAAGUCCACUCUGCUUCCUUCCACUUAAAUAAAGUUGUUUUUUUAUUGUUUCAAAUUGAUCAAACUGUUUGACCGUCAGUCCCGAACCCAACCAGCACCGUCACAGAACCCCGAAGGAGCAGGACGGUCCGGGAGGUCAGAGGUCUUGGUGCUGUAAAUAUCUUAGGAGGUUGUUGAUGUUUACUAAAUGUCAGUAUUAAUAUUCCAGAUUUUCCUCUUUGGACACAUUUGUACAUUUUGCUCCCUUUAUCUUUGGUGUUUCUUUUUUAUUAUUAUUGUUGUAAUAAACACUCAGUAUUUCACA